UGCCAAGGAGUAGGUCGAAGCCCGAGGUGGGGUACGAUCAAAUACAGCCACACCACGCCACACGCACCGCUCACCGGCGAGUACUUGCGAGUCAAGCAGUAUCCUUGUAUAAAAGGAUCAAGGUAGAAUAAUCACAUUUCAAUUGUCCCACGUUGCUCCAAUUACCGCGUCGACAUAAUGCCGGCGUCCAAUUUGAUUGGCUUCUGAUGGAGGUGUGUCGCGCUUCACGAUUCCCAUUGGUGGACAGAAUUCUGUGAAAUGCCAAUAGCUGCGCAAGCGUCGAAACGCGCAUUGACGCAAAACUGGUACAACUCUGGUACAACCAUCCGUAUUUCUUCUCAAUUCGUUCUUGCUUAUCGAUGACGUAUAUUAAUCAUUGAUUUAUUUGUUUCUUCUAUUUUUCUUGUCAAACAUUAUAAGCGGCACUUAUUUUUGCUGCUAAUCUUUAUGAUACGUGUACACGUUCGGGUGUAAGGAGAUUGUUUGAUCUCCAUAUGGAUUUUUCUCUUAUUGUUAGUUAUUCUAAGGGACAUUUUCGAAUGACCAUUCCUAAUGUAAACCAGUGGUACUGUACUGAAUUGCUGGUUUUGAUUGGUCGAUCAUGGAGGUGUGUAUCAGAUCCACUAUCAGGGUUUGCUGAUUUAGUUGGAACGUCUUUCAGUAGCGUAUGAUGCUUCAUAACUGUUCAUAACUAUUGCGAUAAUCUCCCAUACUGUAUGAUCAUGUACAACGAAUUUUCUUUAUAUUUGAUAGAUAUUGCCAUUGCAAUGAUUACUGUAUUAUUUGAAUAUUUUCAUAUACGAUAAUAUACAUUCUUUAAAUUCUAUCUCGAAUGUUAAAUUGAAAAACUCCCUUUAUUUUACUAUCAUAAUAUAUUGGAAAUAGUUCUAUGAUACAUUUUUGACUAUAGUUAAUUUUAGGUACAGAUAUGUUGGGUAUAUGUAUAUUAACUAUAAUAUUAUAGAUACCUACAUGGGGAUACAGCUGAUUGUAUAACCAUUGCAUUUAAGGAAACACGUACUAUUUACAAGUAGAAGUCAUUUUUUUCAUGCGAUAGCAAAAGGCUACUAUAUUUUUAUAUAAUUAGAAACUAAUUAUAUGUAUUUGUAUUCAGGAAAAAAGAAUAGAAUAUUCUCGACUUGCAAAGUUGUACAUACUUAUGCGUGAUCAACAUCGUCGCUGUUAACUUUAACUGUUUUGUACUCGCUUCUGAUGUUAAAUUCGUGGUUGCAAUUGUUGUGUUACAUAUUUGUAUAGUUUCUAAGGAAUAUUUUCGAGCAUUGAUCAGUUUUGUAAUAUUGUUCCUCUAGUUAUUAUCAUAACCUAUAAAUUCGGCUGCUAGUGCUUUGUUGAAGAAAAAUAUUUAUAAUCUUUUAUACUUCUCGAUAAUUAUUAAGAUUUAUUAAAGUGGGUCGGCUAUCCUGCCUAAGAAUAUAUCAAAACAUGUGAUUCCUUUUAAAUUUUAGGAUAAGACAAUAUUAUACAAACAUGAAUAUCCAAUUAAACUUAAUUAUUUAUAAAAAUACUAUUUUUGACCAUGUAAUCAUAAUGCCGGCUAAUGUAAUUAAAUACAAGCAAGACUAUAAUGAAGAUCAAGUAGACCAGAAUAGUUGUAAUGAAACUAUUCCAAAACCUACUGUAAAGACUCAUAUCCCAAUUCGUUUAAACAAAAAAGGAUUUGAUGCAUAUCUUCUCUCAGCGUAUGUUGCUACUAUUAAGUGCUCAAGUGUUUAUCGUGAAUCUGCAAUCAAGACUUUGCUACGUUUUAUCAAGUUGAAAGCUGCAAACAAAAAUUGCAUACUUCUUGCAAAACUACGUACACCAAAGAAACAGUUUUUGGAUUAUCAAUGGAAUGAAAGGAUAACGUACUUGGUUUUAGAGCAUAGAGAAGUGGAUCAUGCAAUGUCUUGGUUGUCUACAUUAGGUGGAGCUUUUUCUGCUUUAGGAGAACAGUUUGAACACUGCGCUGAGAUAGCUGGGAAAAUUUCACUACGACAAUUUGAAUUAGCCCUACGUCUGGAUGAUCCACUUCUAGUUGCUCGUUGCAAACUUUAUGCUGCAUUAAGUCUACUUCAAAGGGGUCGUCUUAGAAUAGCAAAGUCCAUCAUCAGAAAUAUCUAUACAUUUGCUGUGCAUCAAAAAGAUGUCAGGCUAGUAAGAAUGUGUCAAGGCGUUUGGGCUAAAUUACAAUACAGCUACAAAUUAAAGCGACAAAAGAAGUACUCUUAAUUUUUCUUAAUUCUUUGGUCAGUGUAAAAAUGCUAAGACAUGGUUCUUUGUAUAUUUGUAAAUAAAUUAGAAAUAAAAACAUAUAUCAAGUGCUAUUUA